UAUAAACAUAAAGAAAUUUUUUAAUAGAAGCUAAAGAGAGAGUUGUAAAUGAAAAAACGGAAGUAAAAAAGUUUUCGACUUAAGAUAAAAAUCAAGAGAUAAUUGGAAGGUAUAAAUUAUAUGCGGAAAGAAAUGCAAUGCAGUCAUAUUUAUAGUACCUGAAGAGAAACAUUAAACGAUAUGGGUUUAAUAAUAAAAGUCGUGGUUGGAGUCUUCGUAUUGCUGACAUACACUAAUGGAGCAACAGUAACAGAGCAACCAUGUCAAAGUGCAUGUCCUAAGAUUUUUGAUCCAAUAUGUGCCAUGAAUGGAACUGAACAGAGCUAUAAAUAUUUUCACAACGAAUGCCUGAUGAAUUAUGAAGUCUGCCAGUCGGGUACAGUUUGGAGCCCGACGCAAAUGUCUUUUUGUCUGCCUGAUGUUGAGCCUUUCAUAACUCAGAAAUGUUUACGUGCCUGUCUUUUCAUAUAUGAACCGAUAUGUGCCACUGAUGGUAGGAUAAAUCAAAUUUUCGGUAACAGUUGCGUUUUCGAAAUGGAGAAUUGUUUAUCAAAUGGAAAAUGGCAUGAGACAAGGGCUAAUGAUUGUGGCUUCGAGUAAUAGAGGAUUCUUUACACACCUUAUUUACUGUUUAUUUAUACAGAUAAACAUAUGUAUUUUAUUAUAUAUAUAAA